AGGCUCAGCAACCCCUUAGGGCCGCUGGAGAUAGGGACAGCCAUAGCUUGGGUAGUGGUUGCAAGGGAGGAGUUGAAGUAUGUUGUUUGUCACGUCGCCAUCUUUAUAGUUAACGUAAUCAACCACCGAGCGACGAAUACCACCGAGCGACGAAUUUUCCUCCACCCUACCACUUCCUUUUUUCAACGCGUCAUUUUAUCACCACCACUAUCAAAAAUGCCUUUAUCUCAAGAAAACCGAAUUCAAAUGGCUAUUGCAGCUUAUAAAAAUCAAAAAGUCAAAUCAAUACUGAAGGCUGCAGAGAUUUUUGGGGUGCCUGAGGCUACCCUUCGCGCUC